UGGACGAAAUGGUAAAGCUUUUGACUGACAUCCGUGACUUACUGGAGGAGAGCUCGAAUAGUGCCUCGGGAAACUGCCCCGUCGGUUUCGAAAAUGCUGAGGGCCUCUGUCUGCAUCUCGGUGCACAGGAGAUGACGUGGGAGAACGCCCGCAGGUAUUGCCAGACGCUCGGGGGAUCCUUGGCAACCGGCCUUCAAAAUGUCGUGAUUGGUCGUUCGUUCGUUCGAAAAUCUAACACACUCCACACCGUUUGGAUCGGAGGCCAUGACAUGUUCGAGGAAGGGACGUGGGAGUGGCUUUCUGGACAAGCCAUGCCGACUGACCCCUCAUUCUGGUCGUAUUAUCUUGGAGUCCAGCAGCCGAACGACGGAGGAAGUGGUGAAGACUGUGCCGGUCU